GAAAAUCGGUAAAGAAGUCUGAGAAGAAGGAAGAAGAAGUGAAUGAAGUAGUUAUGUUGGAAGCAAAGAGGCUGAAUAAAGCAGUGGUUCCUGAAUCCCUAAUCCCUCACCCUUCUCCAGCUAACCUCCAGCCCACCCGCCUUGCUCUCCAUCCCAAUGGCGACGCCUCAUCUUGCUCCCUUUAUAUCGCUUCCGCCUCCCACAUUUACAAACUCCAGAUUGCAUUGGAGGAUUCAGCUGUUGGUCAAGGUAAACAGAAUCUCCUAAUCCCGGAGCGAACUGAGGUAUUGGAAUCAUUCUUGGUGGAUCGAUGCCCUCAUAGGUCGGAAAUCCAGAGUAUUGCGCUUGCUGAAACGGAAAGUAAGGGUUGCUCACUCUUGGGAAGUGUAGACUCUCAUGGUGACCUUAUUGUUUCUCGACUGGAUGCUUCCAAUACAGGUCACAAUUCACACUACUUUUUCACCAUUGUUUACUGGUUCUGCAUAUAA